CUUAUAAGUUAGAACAACAAAAGCCAUGCUCUCUCCUAAUAAUGGCUUCCUAACCAAUUCAUCUUUUAGUUUCUCCAUAACCACGAAGGCGAUUGUCAAGAGGCAACCUGCUUCCUCUUCCCUCCCUAAGUUAAUAAUUACUUUCAUAGUAUCCUCAGGCCGAAGUCGAAACAAUUACUACCUACCUAUUUGCACCGGCGAACCCCCUUUCCCAGGACUCUCUUCGUUGUUAGUAGCCAUGGUUGGACCUAUGUCACUACAGCAGGUACUCACGUCGCGAAGCCGAUGUAUGAAGCCCAAUACGAAGUUUGGUUUAAAGUUGACAACAUAAUCACGAUUCGUAAACUACCUGUAAGGUAUAACAUGUUCGGCAUAUAACUUCUGUGCAUGCAUUCCCCGCAUCUUGUACCGUACAAUACAUGGCGUAACUCGUUUUUGAAUUAUACCGAGAUUCGAUAUUCUCGUAUAAGUGAGGAGAGCGCGUCGCUUUCCUAUAUGUAUACCUAAAGUAAAGGUUGCUUACUAGUCCAACGACAAGUAUCAGAGAGUUUCUGAUCAGUCACUUGCUGAGGAUGAAUAUUUUAGUAUCAUCCGUAGAUUAUAUGCGGCUAUACUUACACUUAUAUCCGACGUGAAGAGGUGUUUAUAUACCAAGUUUAUGGUUUCAAGAUGGUAAUACAUCUCAAGGGGCUAGUGAAAAUCAACGCUGGAUAUAUAGGCAACACCAUGUAUGCCUGUCUUAUAAUGUUAUCGAUGCAAGCUACCCUAUCCGUGGCAAAGCCUACGACAUAUGCCGUCGGGAGUAUACCGAGCUCUGCAAAUGCCAUCCGACCCCUAGAUGGCUUCGUGAGCUACUCAAUCGAGUUCUCGUCAUUUCCCGAUUUUGCAGGCAACAAAUCCAACCCCAACGACUUCUCAAACAACUUACUAGAUAACCUCAAAGCCUUCUCCGGGAUAAAGCCGUACAUACGGAUCGGCGGAAACACGCAAGACUUCGCCAUAUUCAACCCGGAGCUUCCCUUCGCUCUCAACGGCACCUACAACCUCUCGCGGUCCGCCGACUACCCGACGACGAUCGAGAUCGGGCCGUCGUACUUCGAGUCGUACGGCGCGUGGCCGCACGUCCGGUUCUCGCACGGGUUCAACCUGGGCGGGAACCGCGACGCCAGGCGGUGGGAGACGCUCCUGCAGACCGUGCCGUUGGCCUGCGAGGCCCUGGGCAGGGACAGGCUGUACUUGUGGGAGUACGGGAACGAGCCGGACUUGUUCGUCCCCGCGGUUAGGACGGCGGAUUACGACGAGGAGGACUACGUGGCGGAGUGGCUGAAUGGUACGAGAGCGAUUAGGCGCGUGCUUGAGUCCAAGUGCCCGGAUCUCCUGGGGAAUGAUACGUAUGGGUUUCUGGCGCCGUCGUUCGCUGGCACCACGAACCACUUGAAGCAGCCUCGGACUUGGGCCGACGGUAUCAAUGCGGACGGCGAUAUCAAGCUCUUUUCUUCUCACAACUACAUAUCCGGGGCCGAAACCCCCGGCGUCACGCUCCAGGGCACGCUGAUGAACCACACGCGCACGGCGCUCAGCGUCGGCGUCCACGCGGCCGAGAACGCGGCCAUCCGCCCCGGAGUCCCGUACGUCCUCGGCGAGACCAACUCGCUGUACCACCAGGGCCGCCCGGGCCUGUCCGACUCCUUCGGCGCCGCCCUCUGGGCCCUCGACUUCGCGCUGCAGUGCGCCGCCGUCGGGAUAGGCCGGGUGCAUUUCCAUAUGGGCACCAACUACCGCUACGCCUCCUGGCAGCCCAUCCCCACCAACAAGACCAGCAUCGGCACCAAGCCUCCUUACUACGGGAACGUCGCGGCGUCCACGUUCCUCGGCCCUCCCGGAACACUUAUCGCUUCCGUCCCCUUAUCAUCAUCAUCAUCAUCCGCCGACCUAGACCCCGACACGGACGUCGCGUACGCCGCGUACGCCGCCGCCACCGGCGCGCUGUCGCGCCUGCUCGUGCUCAACCUGCGCGCGUACAACCACACGCUCCACGGGACCGAGCCGAACCCGGCGGCGCGGCCGGCGCGGCGGUACCGGUUCGCAGGACCGGGACUAGGGCUGGACGCCGCUGCUACGGGGGAAAGAGCAGGGGGCGUGGUGGUCAGGAGGCUGCGCGCGAAUGGGAGCGAUGCGAUCACGGGGAUCACGUGGGACGGGUGGAGCUACGAGUAUGAGCUCGACCGCGGCAGGCCGGUGAGGCUGGGUAAUGUGACGGUUGGGGAGAGGGUGGGGGUGGUGGAUGGGGUGGUGGAGGUGAGCGUUUCGGAUUCGGAGGCUGUUGUUUUGGAUUUUGAGGCCGAGAGGGGGGAGGGGGAGGGGGAAUGAGUGAAUCGUGGUGAAUUACCUACCUAGGUAGGUACCUAACCUAUGAGGCUUGGUGAUAUCUUGAUAGUGAGUAAUAAUUGUAGUUCGUAUAUUUGAGAUGAC